AUGGUGUCCUUCAAUAAUGUAGCCUUUUGGGACCCUUUUAAUAUGUUAUCUAUCUAUCUAUCUAUCUAUCUAUCUAUCUAUCUAUCUAUCUAUCUAUCUCUCUCUCUCUCUCUAUAUAUAUAUAUAUAUAUAUAUAUAUAUUCUUUCUUCUUUUUCUCUCUGUAUCUAUCUAUCUAUCUAUCUAUCUAUCUAUCUAUCUAUCUGCUAAAGUAUUUCCCGUUCAGUAUUAUCGAUUUGUCGAUCGAUUAUGGCAUGUUUAUCUAUCUAUCUAUCUAUCUAUCUAUCUAUCUAUCUAUCUAUCUAUCUAUCAGCGUCUUAUCUGCAUGUAUCUUCCUUUCUCUUUCAACUUUUGUUCUAUAUUCACACUCAAUACGCUUGUUCUUUCUUUCUUUCUUUCUUUCUUUCUUUCUUUCUUUCUUUCUUUAUUUGUUUGUUUCUUUCUCAAAUGUUCAUGUUUUUUUUUGGGGGGGGAUAUUCAGACGCCGAGUUAUUUGUCAAUUACGCUCUUCUUUCUUUCUUUCUUUUACAAAUUUUACUUGUAAUUUUUCCUUCAAACUUUCUAAAAUAUUAUUACUUCGAAUUUCUUUCUUUCUUUCUUUCUUUCUUUCUUUCUUUCUUUCUUUCUUUCACGAAUUUCAUUUAGUUCAUUCCUGCUUUUUCUUUCUUUCUUUCUUUCUUUCUUUCUUUCUUUCUUUCUUUCUUUCUUUCUUUCUUAAAUUUCAUUUGUAA